UGCGCAUGCGCACCAGUCGUUUUCCUUUCCGACGCUCGAGCGAAAGAGACAAGAUGGGCCACCAGCAGCUCUACUGGAGUCACCCCCGAAAAUUCGGACAAGGAUCCCGAUCCUGUCGGGUUUGCUCGAACAGACACGGUCUGAUCCGUAAAUACGGGCUGAACAUGUGCCGCCAGUGCUUCAGGCAGUACGCCAAGGACAUCGGCUUCGUCAAGCUGGAUUAAAUGUCGUCUUGCGCAGAGGCGUCCUCCGCAAUCAUCAAAUGGCCAAAUGUUACCUGGAAGGCCGGAUGCAAGAUGUCAAGUUCUACACACUUCAAAUAAAUGUUUGUUGUUUUCCAAACAGAA